AGAGAGAGAGAGACGACAACAACAACAAAGAGUGAAGUUCUCUCCACGUGCGCAAACAAGAGUGACGUCCACAACAACCCGUCCAAUCAGACGACGAGUUUCCGUGUGCGUCAGAGAACAACACGGUGACGUAUGCGUGUUGUCUCCUAGCAGAGGAGGAAACGGAGCAGGCCGAAGACUUCGCGUGUAAAACAGCUCGCGAGAAAUAUUAUUAUUAGCGAAAUAUUUAUUAGAAUUAUAAAGAAAAUCGAAUUUUGUCGAAUUGCGUCAUCGAACGGAAAUGACGUGACUCCAGUUCGUGAAAACUUCAAGCUUUACCGUUCUGGCUAGUCUGUGCUAGCGUGCUAGCAAUGAGCUGCUGUUUGUUUUGAUAGCAUGGUUUUAUUGUCAUCCAAAAAUGAAUGAGAAAUCCUAAACAAUUCGCUGUAUAUAUUAUUAUUAUUGUUGUUAUUAUUAUUAUUUUGAAGUAGUAUUUAUCUAAUAAAGGAGUGUGUCAGAGAGAGAGAGAGAGAGAGAGAGAGAGAGUGAGUGAGUGUAGAGAAAGAGAAAGAGGAGCGCUGAUUAGCUAGCUGUCAGACUAACAGUAGUGACUAUGGGAAACUGUCUGAAAUCCCCGACAUCGGACGACAUUUCGUUACUGCACGAGUCUCAGUCGGACCGAACCAGCACCGGGGACGGAGCUGAGCCCGAGUUAGAGCCUCCUCCGCCUUAUGAGGAGCAGGCCCGCAUGCCCGUGUACCAUCCCACACCCAGCCAGACAUGUCUGGCCACCCAGCUGACCGAGGAGGAGCAGAUCCGCAUCGCUCAGCGCAUCGGCCUCAUUCAGCACCUGCCCAGAGGAGUGUUCGACGGAGGGAAGGACGGCUCAGAGAAGAAGAUCCGCGAGUGUGUGAUUUGUAUGAUGGACUUUGUAUACGGCGACCCCAUCAGGUUCCUGCCCUGCAUGCACAUCUACCACAUGGACUGCAUAGACGACUGGCUCAUGCGCUCCUUCACCUGUCCUUCCUGCAUGGAACCAGUCGACGCCGCGCUCCUCUCCACGUACGAGACCAACUGACCAUCAGCUGCAUGUCGCCAUGCUCUCUGGAGAGACCUCGUCCUCGUCCUCCUCCUCGUCCUCCUCUCCGGUUCUCAACAUCCAGCAAAGAGCGGCCGAAGGCCUCCGUCGUGUCCCCGGCCGCUCUUACUAGUUAAGGGGUUAGUAUAGAGGCCAAUCUUCGAAGAUACCCAGCGCACACACUCACACACACUUAUUUUUCUUUAUCUCACUGCUCAUGCACAUUCUUUAUCAGUUAGUCGCCAUUUAUUUCGGUAUAUAUUUGCAGCAGAAAUAGAAGAGAUUGCCGAGGACUGAAUAUCUCUGGUCUCGCGUUAGAGCAGAAGUCUAUAUUCUCAAGCACUUAUCGGCUUAUUUUGAGCUUCAGUAAUCGGACACUUUUUUUUUCUUCCCCUUCUUUUUUUUUUUUUUUUUUUUACGAACCUGAAAUGGCUGUUCUGAAGAAAUGUGACGCAGUUCUCCGUUGCUUUGACUAAACGUGUAGAGUAGGUGUAGGCACAGGGGUGUACAACAAUCUCCCAGAACGUGUGCGGAUUAUAUCCCAGAAAGCUUCUUUGCUUCUGAUUUAAUGCUUAUGAGAGGAAGGGCUCAGUAAAGCAAGCUUUUAUUACAAUAUGCAUCACUUAUAUAACACGUGCCCAUUCAUCCAUACAACGUACACAUGAACAGUAGUUCUGUCAGUGCACUCGUUCUGAUACGUCACCGUUUCUCUAGAAACCUUGUAUGACGGACGCUCCUUAUGAAGGGAUAGUGCGGGGGGGGGGGAGCAUCCAGUGAGCAGCAGGUCUGUGAACGGAAACGCGUUGUCGAUGAGAACGGCUAGACUGGUUCGAGCCGACAGGAAGGCUGUGCCGACUCGGACAACCACGGCGAGCAUCUCAACACGUCAAUCAUUUCCACUCAUGUCAGCCAAGAACGGGUAGAGUUUUGCAAAGAGUCUCCAGUGUCAGUAAGUUUCCCACCACUGGAAAGUCCUCACUACGCCUUGUGGUUUCCCUGAAGCGUAAGAAGCUCUUCUUAACGUCUAGACAGAAUAAACCGGAUGCGGAGGUUCGACACUAAAUGGUCGACGUGACUAAAUGGAUCAAAACGUAAACAUAAAAUGUAAUCCUUGGCAAAGUGCUGUCGUGUAAGAGGAAUAAAACGCUCCAGGACUUGCAUGUAUUAAAAUGAAAAUAAUCAAUCACCGCACCUUCGCUUCCUUUCGCCUUGCGUCGCAGCACGCUGCCGUUUAUCCGUUUUCCCGCACCAGCACACAGCGAGGGUUUUAUUCCCGACUCCGAAUGUCGACGUGUUCGCCCUGACGCACGUCACGUCUUUAAGCCUUUACCGAUCGAGGUUUCUGUUUCGCGUGACGCUUAUUUCGGAAGAUAGUUGUACACCUCUGAACUCCGGUCACACUACAUGACGGAUCUUUAAAUCUCCCACAGACGCACAGCGAAAGCUGGAACACAUCCGCCGAGUGUUUCCGCGCUCUCGUCGGGUCUCUUCUCGAUCGUUUUAUUGCCAAAGGUGCAGAAAUAUACACAGGUAACUCGUCAAAAGGGCUCAGUUGUGCAUGGUGAAGGGGGGGGGGGAUUUUUGGUCGAACCAAAUGACUACCUGUCUCAAUCUACAUUAGAAAUGCUUGCACAUACAAAAAAAAAAUACUAGUACGUACUAAACCUAGAGAUUUGCACUUUACACACGAGAAUUAUGAUGAUAAUGUAUUUAUGUAGAACGUUCCGCCCCCCCCCACCCCCCGUUCUUCUUUAUCUGUCAGUAGUGCUGAUGAUUUUCUCAGAUGCAAACAGAGCAGGUUAUCUACAGCAGGGUCCGAAAGUCUGAGAGCGCCAGUGAAAAUGCGUCUAUUUUGCACCCUUUUCUAAUUUUAUGCAGCAGUUUUCAUUACAAAUGAUACCAUUGACAACAACUCGAGUGAAAGCGAAAAGGAGAAUCCUUACACGAAUUAUUUCUUAGUAUUUGGAACGUCCACUCUUUUUUAUUAUUCAUUUAUUUUUUUUGCGCUUUAACGAGAGCGUGCACUCGAGCUGGCCGGAUCGGACCCGACGAAGUCGGUGCAAAACCUCCUGAUCCGUUUGAGAUCAAAUUCCAUCGGAGUGCCGUCUGAUCACACGCUCCGAUAGAAGAGAUUAGGACGUCCGAUCUUUUGUACAAAGCUGUUAACACGGUCAAUAUCACACGUUCAAUUAGCGAGCUAGAAAUCGUGCCGAAUCGUGAAUAUUAACUAUCCAACAUAUCGAGCCUUCUGUUUCGAUCCCGGAUUUUCAGUGCGGUCUCAGACUUUUCGGAUCCCGUCGUAUCACUUCCUUUUCAUUUGUAUUAUUCAGAGUCACUUAUUCCACAAACCUAACGAUAUCCAGACUUCUUUAUUAGUUGUUGAAAUUACAAACUGAUGCUGUUCACCAUGGCGGCUUGAGCCACGGUCAAUAAAAAUGCAGACUAUUAAACAAACGUAAGGGCUCUCGGCGUCUUUUUGCCUUUGAAACGAAGCGGAGGUGAUAUAACGACUGUACGGUUUACAGGUUUUCAAAGUGUGUUGCUUGUGUGUGUGUGUGUGUGUGUGCGCGCUUUUACUCCACCAAAGUGGAUUGAGUGCAUUGCAAUUCACUCUUAUUUCAGUAGUUUCCAGUUACUAUGAUUACAGGACAAUUCAUAUUAAAUGUCACGUGUUAUAAUUAGCCACAUCCACCAAUAGCAGCGUGUAAAUUUACACCACUGUCGAUUUCAUUUUCUCUAACAGCACUGCCUUGACCUAGUGACUAAUCCCAGGUUUAUAUCCAUGCACUGGUUCUGAUUCGUUAUCGCUUCUGUAGUAAGCGCUCAUGCAUGCCGUGGAUGAUCCAUAUCAUUUAAGCCUAAUGGUAUUGUUAUUGGACAUAGAGUGGUGCUUGAAAGUUUAUGAACGCUUUAGAAGAGUAUAAAUAUGGGGUAAAACAUUGAGAUUUUCACACAAGUCCUAAAUGUAGUGAAACGAGACAAAAAUAUAAUACUUGGUCAUUUGUUUAUUGAGGAAAAUGAUCCAAUAUUACACAUCUGUGACUGGCAAAAGUAAAUGAACCUCUUGGAUUAGCAGUUUAAUUUGAAGAUGAAAUUAGAGUCAGGUGUUUUCAAUCAAUGGGAUGAUCAUCAGGUGUGAGGGAGCGUCCUGUUUUAUUUAAAGAACAGGGAUAUAUCAGAGUGUGAUCUUCACAACACAUGUUUGUGGAAGUGUAUCAAGGGACGAACAAAGGAGAUUUCUGUGGAACUCAGGAAAAGAGUUGUUGAUGCUCAUCAGGCUGGAAAAGGUCACAAAACCAUCUCUAAAGAGUUUGGACUCCACCAAUCCACAGUCAGACAGAUUGUGUACAGAUGGAGGAAACUCAAGACUUAACCUCCCCAGGAGUGGAGACCAACAAAGAUCACUCCAAGAGCAAGACGUGUAAUAGUCCACGAGGUCACAAAGGAACCCAGGGGAACUUCUAAGCAACUAACGUCCUCUCUCACAUUGGCUAAUGUUAAUGUUCAUGAGUCCACCAUCAGGAGAACAUCGAACAACCAUGGUGUGCAUGGCAGGGUUGAAAAUUGAAAGUCACUGCUCUACAAAAAGAACAUUUCUGCCUGUCUGCAGUUUGCUAAAGAUCACGUGGACGAGCCAGAAGGCUGUUGGAAACAUAUUUUGUGGAUAGAUGAGACCAAAAUAGAACUUUAUUGUUUAAAUGAGAAGCGUUAUGUUUGGAGAAAGGAAAACACUGCAUUCCAGCAUAAGAACCUUAUCCCAUCUGUGAAACAUGGUGCUGGUAGUGUCAUGGUUUGGGUCUGUUUCGCUGCAUCUGGUCCAGGACGACUUCAUCAUUAUUGGAAGAAUAAAUUCGGAAUUAUACCAACGAAUAGUAAAGGAAAAUGUCAGUACAUCUGUUCAUGAACUGAAUCUCAAGAGAAAGUGGCUCACGCAGUCAUUCUACUAAAGAACAGUUAAAGAAGAAUAAAGUGAGUGUUUUUGGAAUGGACGAGUCAAAGUCCUGACCUGAAUAAAAAAUAGAAAUGUUGUGGAAAGGACCCGAAGCAAGCAGAUCAUGUGAGGAAAGCAAGAGGUUCACCUACUUUUCCCACUCACAGAUAUGCCAUAUUGGAUCAUUUUCCUCAAUAAAUAAAUGACCAAGUAGAAUAUUGUCGUCUCGUUUGUUUAAUUUUGUUCUCUUUAUCUACUUUUAGGACUUGUAGAGUAUACAGAAAAUUCACAAACUUUCAAGCACCAGUGUAUGAAUAACUUAACCGUUUCUCUGGUGAGGUUUUCUGUAAGGAGAUAUUUAUUUAUUUAUUUAUUUAUUUAUUUAACAUUUCAUGAAAGAAGACGUCAGUCGGUUAUAGUCCGCCUCGAGGGAAAGACGGACCACGGGUCAGUCUUCAGGAUGGACAGAUUCGAGGCAGGUGAGGCAGCGACUCUCCAUAGCUCUGGAUAAAGGACUUGCAAACAGUCGUUGCCCAACGUUAAACAUAACUACAGAGCCCUCCACUAAUAUUGGCACCCACAUAUUGUUUGAUAUCCAUAAGAGCAGAGUAUUUUUGUGAUUUUUAUUUAUUUUAUUAUUUAUUUAUUUUUAACAAAAGAUCAAAAGGUUAAAACAGUAAAGACAAUUUUUCACAGCCGCCUUUGCUCAUAUUUACCAAGGGUGCCGAUAUUAGUGGAGGGCUGUGUAUAAAUGGAUAAAAGUACUACAUAUUUGGGUUUAAUUGCAAUUGUUGGUGAAGCCUGAACGUGAGGGGGGGGGG